AUGACCACGGAUGGAGACCCUCGCGGGUUACCGAACAGUCACGUGGAAGGGAUAAGCGAGGGCCAGAUCCUGAGCAUGGAGGGAGACGAGCUCGCCGCUCACGACAAUCUCGAGGAGGCGCUCGACAGGUACGACCGCGCGCUGCUCGCCGACCGCAAACAGCACGGCGACACGCACCCAGACGUCGCUGCCAGGUACUGCAGCAUCGGAGGGCUGUACAAAGCCACGGGCGAUAACGAGAUGGCGCGCGAGUACUUCGCCAAGGCGCUCGAGGUGGAGGAGUCCACGGGCACCGACGGGAGGCGGACCGCGAGGGCGUCGUACAUGUCGAACCUCGCGGCGGUAUCGCGCGCUGCCGGGGACGUGGACCUCGCGAGAGAUCAGUACUGCACGGCGCUGGACCACCUCCGGGGGAUGAUACCCGACUCCAACGAGGCGGUCGAGACGGCGCUGUCGAGGGAGGAAGCCAGUCUGUUUCGCGUCAGCGGCGACACGUCGACGUCGGGGUACGGCAUCGGCGGCGAGGGCGUCGCGGCGCCGUCUCCGAAGCUCUUGGGCGAGGGCGGCGUCCUGAACGUCGCCGCGUCGAUCCUGAACAAUCUCGGCCUGCUGCUCAAGUCGAUCGGCCGGCUGCACGCCGCGCGGCGUUGCUACGUCCGCGCCAUCUCCCUCGGCGCCGUCGCGCUCGGCGCGCACUCGCCCGCCAUCGCGCUGCGCGUGCGUAACCUCGGCGCCGUCUUACUGCAGCUCGGGUACGUAGAUUUGGCGGUGGAGCGCCUGACCCGCGCGCACGGGGCUUGCGUCUUGGGGCAUGGCGCGGACCAUCCCGAGACGAUCAUGUGCGCGGAGUGGCUCCAGGCGGCGACGGAGACGGCUGACCUGGACGCACACGCGCACGCGCACGCGCGGGGGGUGGGGUCCGACCCGGACGAGACCUUGCCGGAGGCGGCGGAGUGGUUCUGCGAGCGGCUUCGAUGCGGCGUGCUCGAGCCGACGCCGGAGCCGAGUCUGCCCGGGGAGGAGCGCGCCAUCGAGGCGAUCGAUCCGGCGCCGAUCGGCCUGGAGGACGCGAUGGUACCCGCGGUGGAGCACGCGACCCGUGACGCGGAGGCGGCGGGGGUGGGACAUUCACACGCGGGGACUGGGAAGACGUUCGGCGUUGGCACGCCGGGGUUGGACGCAUCGGAAAGCCAGACGAGGUUUAACCCCGUGGAGCCGCCCCCCGGCGAGGACAUGCUCAGCCCGUACGCCGCGCCCGUCACGUCGCGGGAACUCAAGCGCGUGGGUAACGCGGAGACCUCGCCGGUGUGGCGCGCGGUCGCGCUGGAGCACGAGGCGAUCGUCUCCGGCAAGAGCUCCAUGCCCCGAGGUCAGGAUUACAUCAGCGCGUAUCUUCGACAGGCGCCCGGGUACGCGAACCUCAUCACGCCGUUCCAGGAGAUGCCCUCGGACCUCUUGAUGCCGUACGCGUCGUUCCGGGGCUACGGCGCCCCGCUGAAGAGCGGAGCGGCGCGGCAAGGGAAAGGGGAGCCCCGGCGGCACCAGCUCCCCAAGAGGACUCUGGACGAGCGAGGAGUGGCGUCGAGCGCGGGGACGGCGCCGAGGCCGAGGGCCAUCGAGGUGAGAGAGGAGGAGGAGGAGACGACGCCGGUGGCUCAGGUGGGGUUGGGGGGCAGGGCGGGUGAAUCUCGCAGCGGCGGGAGGAACAUGUACGCGUACCCGGAUUGA